GCGGUCCCCAGAAUUUGUUGGAAGAUGGCUGGGUGCUCUCUCGCCUUCCUCGUCAGCUUCUUCGCUUUUUCUGCAGUCGCUCUUGCCUCCCAUUGCUCUAUCACAGGGUUACCACUUGUAAGAAAUAUCAGUGAGAUUCCUGAGGAUAACUAUGGAAGGGCGGGUCUUUCUCACAUAACUAUUGCAGGUUCAGUCAUGCAUGGAAUGAGAGAGGUUGAGGUGUGGCUUCAAACAUUUUCACCAGGAUCACGCACUCCAAUUCACAGGCAUUCCUGUGAAGAAGUUUUCAUUGUCCUUAAAGGGAGUGGCACUCUCUAUCUUGCAACAAAUUCUUACGAAAGAUACCCAGGGAAGCCACAGGAGCACUUUGUCUUUCCAAAUAGCACGUUUCAUAUUCCAGUUAAUGAUGCUCAUCAGUUAUGGAAUACCAAUGAUCAUGAAGAUUUACAAGUGCUUGUUAUCAUAUCAAGACCGCCAAUUAAAGUGUUUAUCUAUGAGGACUGGUUCAUGCCUCAUACUGCAGCAAGAUUGAAAUUUCCUUACUACUGGGAUGAGCAAUGUUUUCAAGCGCCUCCAAAAGAUGAAUUAUGAUUGAAUCAUGCUUGAUUGCCUUGUGGCAUGCAACUGGAAAGAUCAAAAUUAGGACGAGUUUUCCUUUCAAUGUAUUGUUAUGUGAUACCUUUUGAGUGAACUAAGCUGGUAAAAAAUGGACAUCUUAAUGAUGUGUCAUAUCUGUAUCGCACGGAAACCUGAUUGUUGAGCCAGUCAGGAAUAUUUACCAGAAUUGGAUUCGAGGGAAAGGGAUGGUGAUGGCAUCUUCUUGACAAAUAACAAUGUACUACCUACGAGGUCUUAUAUUUAGAAUUAGAGAUAGUAUCAUACUAUAAAAAAUGACUGUCAACAUGCAUGAUAAUGAUCAUAUAUGUGGACAUGUUGGGCCUUUGAGGCAGUGAUCCCUUGUACACAAGAUUGGCUCCUCUGAUUAUCUAGUUUUAUUUUAACGGGGUUUAAACGUUGGUCUAUACAAUUCUUAUUAUUUAUCAACUAAAGCGUGGUGCAAUCUAUGUUUAUGGAUCA